AGUUUACCAGUUUGGAGUGACCAUUGACUUGAAGUAGUAUUCUUACUAGCUAUAUAUACAAGCAGUCAUGCAGUGCUAAACCACAUCUAGCAUUUCAUCAAAAUCCAAAAUUCCAACCCCCCACAAAUCAUUACUGUUUUACCAUUUCUGCUCUAUAAGCACAUUUCUUGCUUUUUGAGUAAUUAAAUUCAUUCAUAAUAUAGAGAACAGAAACAUCCACCAUGUUGACCAGACAAAGCCCAAGUUCCUCGACGACAAUAAGAACUCUGGACAGAAAUCAUCAAACAUUCCUGCAAAAUGGAACUAUAUCAAGAAGCGACUCAUCCCGUUAUUCGAAUGAUCAUGAUCAACAACAAGUCAGCAACUUCCCUGCCGGCGGGAACUCGUCGACUUAUAAGUUGCUCGGAAAUAUGCCAGAAUAUGUGAAGAUAGUGGAAGUUGGACCCAGGGAUGGCCUGCAAAACGAGAGCAACAUUGUCCCGACACCAUUGAAAGUUGAACUGAUUCGUAAAUUGGUUGAUUCUGGAUUGCCUGUCGUUGAAGCCACAAGUUUCGUUUCCCCCAAAUGGGUUCCUCAGUUGGCAGAUGCAGCUGAUGUGAUGCAAGAAGUUAAGAACUUGCAGGGUGCCUGCAGGUUACCGGUUUUGACACCUAACUUGAAAGGGUUAGAAGCAGCAAUUGCAGCAGGGGCUAAAGAAGUAGCUAUAUUUGCAUCAGCUUCGGAGACCUUUUCAAAGUCCAACAUCAAUUGCAGCAUUGAGGAGAGUCUCAUUCGUUAUCGACUUGUCGCUAACGCUGCUAUAAAACAUUCUAUUCGAGUUCGAGGGUACGUAUCUUGUGUGAUUGGGUGCCCUUACGAAGGAGCCAUUGCCCCUUCAAAAGUGGCAUAUGUUGCAAAAGAACUUCAUCAGAUGGGAUGCUCUGAAAUCUCACUUGGGGACACCAUAGGAGUUGGUACUCCGGGUGGGUCGUUUAUCUUUUCAAUGCAAUCGAUGCUUCCAUAAUGCACUCGUAAUUAACUACGUUUUGGAAAUUUUAUUUUAUUUUAUUUUUCCUUUUUAGCAAAAAAUGAAAAUGUAAACAGGAGAAUCAAUCAUGCAUUGUAGUUGUACCUUGAAACCCUUCUAAACUUUGUGACCAUGAUGUUUGUGAUAGGUUCGGUUGUUCCGAUGCUUGGAGCUGUAAUGGCAGUGGUUCCGGUUGAGAAGCUUGCUGUCCACUUCCAUGACACUUAUGGCCAGUCUCUUCCUAAUAUAUUGGUCUCUCUCCAAGUAAGGGUUUAUUUCAUGGACUUUUUCAAUGAUUUGUAAAAACCUAAUAACAUUCCUGUUAUCAAGUUGACAAGAGAAGUCAACGGUCAAAAAGUUGUGAAAGAAGAAUAAAGUCAAUCGUACAUUUGGUCAAAAGUUGUGAAAGAAAAAUAAAAUGUCAGUUCCUUAGAACCGUCGAAACAAAAGAAGCUAAAUAAUGGGCUGGGGCUACAAAGUUAACAUUUGUCAUCUCAUCUGUGAUGUGACUUUGGCAGAUGGGAAUAAGUACUGUGGAUUCCUCAAUUGCUGGACUGGGAGGGUGUCCAUACGCUAAAGGGUCUUCAGGAAACGUGGCAACGGAGGAUGUUGUUUACAUGCUUCACGGGCUCGGAAUAAAAACGGGCGUUGAUUUUGGAAAACUUUUGCAAGCCGGAGAGUUCAUCAGCAAGAAUUUGGGCCGUCAAUCAGGAUCCAAAACUGCAAGUGCUUUGAGCCCAAAUAAUGGCAAAUUUUUGUGACAUUCAUCAAUUUACCCCCGCCCGAAGGAAAAACAAAAAAAUUACAUUGUGCAUUCAUCGUCCUCAUCAAAUUUGAUGAUUUGAAAAAAUAAUUGAAACAUCAAAAGUUUUCUAUAAAAAUAACUCAACAUUGUUAGUAUGUGAAUAAUUAAUUCAUAUAACAUUAGUAUCAUAUUUUGUUGUAUGAGAUCAUUCUUUGAUAAUUUAAUUUUAUGAUCUUUUACAAUAUAAUGGUAUUAUUAUCACAUCUGUCUAAUGACGUUAUAUCAUGAAUUAAAAGUUU